AUGACUGCAUUGGGUCGGGCAGAGGCCUUCGUGAAUUCCUUCAACGCAGAACGGGAUCAAGCUCAGGUAUCGAUCCGUCUGGAAUACCUGAACAGCAUGUGGGCGUCCCUGGAGGAGGUGCAGGGGCAGCUAGAAGACAGCGAGGAUACUGAGGAAGGUAGGCAAAUCAACGCAGACAUUCGUGCCGAUUUUGAGCCUCGGCUGUUUCAAAUAAAAGCCGACUUGAUUUCCAAACUUCCUGUUUCAAGUCUACCAGCUCGCAUCCCUGAAAAUUCGUCUCACACUUCCGCUCUCUCUGGGUUGAAACUUCCGACCAUUUCUCUCCCUGAAUUCAAUGGAGACUACAUGCAGUGGCUAGGAUUUCAUGACACCUUCUUGGCAUUGAUCCACUCUAACGGGGACGUUCCUUCCAUCCAAAAAUUUCACUAUUUAAAGGCAGCUUUAAAAGGUGAGGCAUCGCAGCUGAUCGAAUCGAUAGCCAUCAGCUCCGCGAACUAUAACUUGGCUUGGCAAACACUCGUCGACCGAUACGCGAAUGAUUAUCUACUGAAGAAGCGACACUUGCAGGCUCUGUUCGAUAUCUCUUCGGUUCGGAAGGAAUCUGCCGCGUCUCUGCACGCUCUGGUCGAUGAAUUCCAGCGUCAUACUAAAACUUUGGGUCAACUAGGUGAGCCGACUGACUCCUGGAGCAGCAUCCUGGAGCAUCUUCUAUGCACUAAACUUCCUAGCGACACACUGAAAUCCUGGGAGGAUCAUGCAUCAACGAAUAAUCAACCAAACUACGACUGUUUGAUCGAAUUUCUACAGCGACGAAUGCGAGUCUUGGAGUCCGUCAUGGUUAACCAUCAUCAGCCACCAUCCGUUCCAUUUGUGUCCACGUCUACGUCCAAGAAGUCGUCCAACUUUCGCUUGUCAUCUUGCGCUUCCACAUCCAGGCCUGAAAGCAAAUGUCCUGCUUGUAACCAGGAACAUCCGCUAAUGAAAUGUGCAAAAUUCAACCGAUAUUCUCCAACCGAACGGCAGCAAUUCGUGUCUGCUAAACGACUGUGCCACAACUGCUUGAAAAGCGAUCAUAUCGUUCGAAAUUGUCCUUCGAAUUACAAUUGCAAGCACUGUAAUAAGCGUCAUCACUCCAUGCUGCACUCCAGUGAAAAUUCUAGGUCAGCAAAUGAACCAACCGUCGUUCAUACGUCUAUGCCGACUCAAGCGGUUCAGCCCAUCGACAAUAAUGGAUCCCAAUCUUUCAUGGCAUCAGCGGAGAGUGUUCACAGAGUUGUUGCUAGUACUGCUGCGCCGCAGCCUCGAGAAGAUGUCUUUCUAUUAACUGCGUUGGUUAAGAUUAUUGAUGCUUACGGUCAGGACCAUACAGCUCGUGCUUUACUCGACAGUGCUUCCCAGCCUAAUCUCAUUACUGAUCGUUUGGCACGCAGUUUGCAUCUGAAGAGAAGUCCAGUGAACGUGACUAUCCAGGGAGCAGGCAAUCUCUCCAAGAGGGUGCGUGAAACAAUUUUCGCUCGCAUCAAGUCCCAGAAUGAUCAAUUUGAAUGCGGGAUCGAGUUUUUACUGAUGGAUACGGCUACUGCAGAUCUUCCUGCGCAGGACAUCUCCGUUCAUGAUUGGCAAAUUCCGCAGAAUUUAGUGUUAGCAGAUCCCCUGUUCAACAAGAGCCAGCAGAUUGACAUGGUACUAGGCGCAAAACAUUUCCAUUCAUUCUUCCCUAGCACAGCUCGUCUCCGGAUGGCCGAUAAUCUUCCGAUUCUGGUGGACAGCGUAUUUGGUUGGGUCGUCACAGGCUCAGCUACCACGACACACCCCGCUCAGUUGCAGUCCUCAAAUCCUAGUAUCGUUGCUGUUUCCAUGCUGACACUGGAGGAGAGUAUGGAACGAUUCUGGAAAACCGAGGAAUUAACCGUCAACAAUAACUACUCCAUCGAAGAGCGCUACUGUGAAGAUUUCUAUCAAUCUACGACAACACGAGACGAGUCGGGGCGCUACAUCGUUCGUCUGCCACGAAAGCCCGACUUUGAUGCUAUGUUAGGAGAAUCUAAAACCUGUGCACUUCGCUGUUUCUCUCAGCUUGAACGGCGACUCGACCGCGAUGAAACAUUGAAGAAGGAAUACCAUAAAUUCAUAGAGGAGUACCUCUCCCUUGGCCAUAUGCGACUGGUCGAGCCGGACGACGGAAAUCACUCCCACACGUUUUAUCUGCCCCACCACCCUGUCCUGAAGGAAGAUAGUACGACUACCAAAAUUAGAGUGGUAUUUAACGGUUCAGCUCGUACUUCGACCGGCUUCUCUCUUAAUGAAGCACUUUGUGUGGGUCCGGUGGUUCAAGAUGACCUCCUUUCAAUUGUUCUUCGGUUCCUCACUUACCCUGUGGCUGUCGUCGGAGACAUAGAAAAAAUGUACAGGCAGAUUCUACAUCAUCCUGAUGACCUCGCUUUGCUACGCAUUCUGUUCCGGUUUUCGAAGGACGUCCCUGUCCAGACUUACGAGCUUCUAACCGUGACUUACGGUUUAGCUCCAUCAUCUUUUUUGGCUACACGAACCCUUCAACAACUUGCAAACGACGAAGGCUCUGCAUACCCCUUAGGGGCCCCCGCGCUGCGCAAAAAUUUCUACAUGGACGACUUUAUCGGAGGAGCGAACACGGUACAGGAAGCUAUCCAGCUCCGAGAAGAGUUGUCUGAAUUAUUAACCAAAGGAGGAUUCAUCUUGAGGAAAUGGACUUCGAAUCGGUUAGAAGUUUUGCAGGGGCUGAGGAACGAUCAGAUCGGCACACAAUCCAGUGUCCAAUUCAUCCCAGACGAGUCUGUGAAAACGCUUGGGAUCUGGUGGGAGCCAGAGUCCGACCAACUUCGGUUUGAUUCUCCAAUACUACAACGUUAUGAAGCUCCUACGAAACGAUCCAUCUUGUCUGACAUCGCUAGGCUUUUUGAUCCGCUCGGCCAGAUUGCACCUGUCGUCGUCACAGCGAAAAUCAUGAUGCAGGAAUUAUGGGCACUCUCCUGCGACUGGGACGAACCAGUACCUCACUCCAUCCAGCUGAAAUGGGAAAACUUUCGACGAGAGCUACCAAAGAUUGCAACCUAUCGAAUCGACCGGUACGCGUUUCUACCCGAGGCCACCGUAGAGCUACAUACGUUCGCUGAUGCUUCCACUGCUGCAUACGGAGCCUGUACGUACGUUCGAUGUGAAAAUGCUCUGGGUAUCGUUAAAGUCCGGCUACUAGCUUCGAAAAGCAAGGUGGCUCCACUAAAAAGGCUCACAAUCGCUCGUCUAGAACUUUGCGCUUGCGUAUUGGCAGCUCACCUGUAUCAUCGCGUAAAGGAAUCAAUAAACAUUUGUGUCUCGGCUUCCUAUUUCUGGUCUGAUUCUGCAGUUUGCUUGUACUGGCUUCGCGCACCACCCAGUUCCUGGAAAACUUUCGUUGCGAACAGGGUGUCAGAAGUACAACACCACACACAUGGCGGGAAAUGGAAUCAUAUAUCCGGAUCGGAGAACCCUGCAGAUCUCGUUUCACGCGGGAUGUCAGUCGAAGAAUUCGUAAAUAGUGAAGCCUGGAAGUAUGGUCCAUCCUGGUUGGUUCAACCGCAUCAGCUUUGGCCAAUUUGUCAUCUGCCUACAGUCCCCGAAGAAGUACCUGAGAAAAAAUGCGUAGCUGCAUCGGUUCAAACGACACCUGGCAUCAACCCAUGGUUUAUACGGUGGUCCUCCUAUAAUCGAUUACUCCACAUCAUCGGCUACUGCCUGCGUUUUUCGGAAAGAACUCGAUCAAAAACCAGAACCCAGCCACGUACACCUCUUUCAGAUAACGACGUUGAUCGACAGUCGCUCACUGUCAAAGAAAUUGCUAAUGCCAAUACCCUUCUAGUGCGCUUAGCUCAGCAGGACGCAUUCCGUAAUGAAAUCAAGGAGCUUGAGCGAGGAAAUUCUGUUGCCAAAAGUUCACCUAUUCGUCGUCUCAUGCCAUUUGUAGACCCAGAGAGAAUUUUGCGAGUUGGAGGUCGGCUUAACCUUUCUCAGCUUCCAUACCAAUCGAAACACCCUGCCCUCCUCCCAAAGAACCAUCCGUUCACUCGGCUUAUCGGCGAGAACUACCAUCGAAAGCUUGUCCACGGCGGCGGGCGUCUUCUUCUGUCAACGAUUCGCGAGGAAUAUUGGCCCUUGAAUGGUCGUCACUUGGUGAAAAGCAUCGUACGAAACUGCUUCCGCUGUUCACGCCAGCAUCCCGUUCCCGAGCAGCAACAAAUCGGUCAGCUGCCUAGUUCUAGAGUCAGCCCAAGUCGCCCAUUCUCACAUACGGGUGUGGACUAUGCAGGUCCACUCUACAUAAAACCCGUUCACAAGCGUGCAGCCCCUGCCAAGGCUUACCUUUGUGUAUUCAUAUGCUUCUCAACAAAAGCUGUCCACCUAGAGCUGGUUGGGGACCUGUCCACCCCAGGAUUCUUAGCUGCUUUGCGUCGAUUCAUUUCGAGACGGGGAACCCCGGCGCACAUAUAUUCCGACAACGGAAAAAACUUCGAAGGAGCCAAACGCGAACUGGCGGAAUUGUUCGCAAGAUUCAGGAGCGAAGUUGAGCAAAGCAAAAUCUCAUCUGCUUGUUCAGAGGAAGGAAUCGUGUGGCAUUUGACUCCCCCUAAAGCACCAAACUUCGGGGGCCUGUGGGAGGCGGCUGUGAAGACCGCCAAGAGACAUUUGUUUCGGCAAUUGGGUAGUACACGCCUUAGUUUCGAGGACUACUAUACGAUUCUGCACCAAAUUGAAGCGGCUAUGAACUCACGUCCUCUGUUGCCGAUGUCCGAUGAUCCCAACAACCUUGCUGCAUUGACACCGGGGCACUUCCUUACCGGAUCAUCGCUUCAAGCCUUGCCCGACCCAGAUCUUCUACACACUCCAGUGAACGCCCUCGACCAUCUCCAAAGACUGCAACAACACGUCCAGAAAUUUUGGUCACACUGGCGAUCAGAAUAUCUGCAGGAGCUGAUAAAGGAUACGAAACGUGCUGCUCGAAACGACGAGAUCCAACCAGGCCGCAUGGUAAUCCUGGUAGAUGAAAUGCUGCCAGCAAUCCGUUGGCCACUAGCCCGCAUCAUACAAAUACACCCUGGAAGCGACAAUUUGACACGCGUGGUAACUUUGCGUACAGCAAAAGGAACCAUAACAAGGCCAAUCACGAAGAUCUGCCUGCUACCAGUUCCGGAAUCGACUCCCGAGGAUGAGCAACUGGAUGUUCCAGCCAUCAAUCACCAUCCUGAGCAACAAGAAUAA